AUGUCGCUGGUACUCUCGCGCUUAGGCUUACUUGUUUCGGGCGGUUUCACUGUCAACGAAACCGCAUCGGCGCUCACGCAGUAUGGGGUGAGGUUCACGAAACUUGCGCCUUGGUUAGAGGAUGUACAGUUUGACAGAAGUGGCACGAUCCUGGGUGGUCAGCUCAGAGAAAUUCCCUGUCAAAACACAAUCUUUGAUGUCAAACUUAGAACUGUCGAGGGCGUCGCCACAUUCAUAGUCCUAGUUGCGCGUUAUGUUGAAUCACGCCAGCAGUUGGCCAAGUACGUCGAAGACAUGAUUCGAGGGAAAUACUACAUCGUUUCUGGAGGAGAUCUGGAGACACGCGAAAAGGAUGAUCUCGAGCGUGUUAGCAUGCCAUACUCGUCACGCAUUCUCCUUCAAAGCUUUGUCAACGCAGUAAUUGACGCGGAUGCAAGGUCUCCUCAGCAUGAUCGAUGUCGCCAACUUCUAGGCGAGCUCACACACGUGGUCGGCAGUGCAAUGUUCCAGAAGCAGACGAGCAAACAUGCUCGAGGCCAACGAACAUCCAUUUCUGGAAAGCCGGACAACAUCUUCAAUACCUUGUCGGCUGCUGUUGCCAUGAUUGCGCUCGCUGCCAUGGCAAAUGGGGCUCAUGUCCGCGUGGUCUGCCAAACCUCGUCUGGGAGUGUCGAAAUACCACAAGGAGGAAGGACCUUUUACAAUCCCUCGAUUUUUACUGUCGUCCUCUGGCUUACAGAACCACCAAUGAUAGUAUCCAGUGAAAUGAACAUGGCGGGCGAGGAAUACGAUCUAGCCGACGACGACGAAUCAGAGCCAGGAGCUCUUCCAAUAUACGGGGGAGCUGCAGAGAUCUCUCGUGCCAUAGCUUCGCAGACGGGCUGUGGGCUUCCAGACGACAUGGCUAUGGAAAUUUGGGAGCGCGGAGUACAGGAAGGCGCCUUGGCGUCAUGGGAAAUGGGAGAUGUGUCAGGAAUGAGGUUCCGUUUAACUGACGAGGCUCUACGCUGUGAAAUCCCGGAUAGCUUAGGACAUCUCGCAGACAAGCUAUACGGGGAAAGAGACCAGCGAUGCAAGAUAGUGCGGAAAGCAGCUGCUAUCUUGCAUGAUAUAGCCAACUACUCUGAGUACGAAGGAUUCGGAGAUUCAUGGUUCAACCUCACGCUAAGCUACGUAAUGAUUGCCUACUCUGUUGGAUGUCUGAGAUCGGUCGUGUCUGUAGGGGGCAACCUCCUAUCACAAUACUGUUGGACUAGCGACUGCGAGCUGAAUAAGGAUGGUCUGAGAUCACGUCUGACGUCGGAAAAGGCGGAUGCUCUGCGUUUCGUUUUUAUGAUUGGUACAAACGGAGCCUCCAUACAAGACUUUCUCUGGCGCAUCGCUUCUGUUUGGGGAGGCUCCACGACUGAGUAUCACAACCACGUUGAGAUUCAUGAUAGGGUGUUUGGAAUUGCAUCGCCGCACCUAACAUUCCUAUCCGAUGUGCUGCGGGAUCCAAAAGCGCUGGCCCAAAAUGGUCUAUCAAAAGGUUUUAUUUCCGUUCACUCAGGCUCUAUACCGACAUUACCAAGAGAUCCUCUGAGCGGACUAGUCAUUGCUGCUGAUGCAAGCGCUCUUCUGGAAGGGCGAUUUCUUUUCGACGAGGGUCCCAGACCUCUUUACAAGGAAACCACUGCCGGGGUACUCUUCUCUUUAGAGCCAUAUACCGGGCAAGAUGGUGCUCUCUGUGCUGCCAUCUGUACAUGGCAGUAUGGAGAGGUAUUGUUGGAACUUGAUCCUAUGCGAGUCCAUGACAAUCUCCUAGCUCAAAGGAGCCUAUCAUCAUACCAACGCGUCCAAGGCGCUACUUAUGGUAACCCGAAUCACUGCUUUGUGCCGUUGGAAUGGGGAGAAAUUCCAGUUCUACAACGUGUCUUUAUGGGCGCAAGCUGGGGACGAUCCGGUAUUAAUUCCCCACUGACAGCAGUCCUACGGGCUGAAGGACGCCUUGACUGGCAAGUGGUAGUAUCAGGGAUUAUGGAAGGUGGAGAGAUGAUCAUGGCUUGCGAGGGAGAAAGCUUGGAAGAGGUUUUGACCCGAGACCCUUGGAGAGACUUUUCUGGAGUUUUGAUUGUGGCCUGUAGAGACAACGUAUUAUCUCAGGGCUACAUCGAUCUCAUUGACACUCAAAAGGAUUUGGCUAGAAGAGCGCAACUCGCCUACGAAAAAAGAAACUAG